UAAACCGGCAUAAAAUUGAAUCUGAGCUACGGGAUCAGAAUCAGUUAUUGGAGGCAGCAACCAACACUUUACAGAGCAAGUUACUCAGCUCUCAGAGUUCAAAUCAAGAGAUGUCUGAAAAACAGGAGGCCAUGCAAGAUGAGAUAAAUACAUUAAAACAGCGUUUGGAGAAAAGUAUGAUUAUCUUGGAACAUCGAAACAUUGACCCAGGUGAACAAAUCCUAGCUGACGCAGAAGAAGCAUGUAAGAUCAGGGAAGAGACCAAGACUGCCACAGACCACCUCUUAACGGAACUUAAGAUUUUUAAUUCUAAGACCAAAGAACAAAAAAGGCUUGUCCAGUCUAUCAACUCAAAGUGGAAGGAGGCUGCAGAGAGCAGAAAACAGUUUGUAGAAGAGCAGAAGGCUUUCCAGGCUGACAUGGAGAAGUUCCGAUCAUCCCUUGAGGAGACUGAGAAGUGGCUUGACCUGUGA